AUGGAGGAUGUUCGUAGCACACUGAAGAAGGCCACAGACUCCAUCGCUCAAGCCCAAGAGCACCACGAUAUCACCAGACGCCACUUCGAGGACACCAAGAAGACACUCGAAAAGGUCAGCAAGAACAUGAAGUCGGUCGUCAAGAAACUCGACAAGACGGCACAAGACGGCACAAGACGCCGUCCAAACCUCGAUCAACUUGCCCAGAUCGAACAGCGCAACCUCGACAUCGAAAAAGCCACCGAGUGCAAGAAGCGCCACCUGAAGAACUACCAGCUCUACCACAAAGUCGUCAAGUCCAUGGACGAACUCAAGUCGGGAGAAAUUGACCAGUGUGUUGGCUCGAUCUACUGUGAUGGCCACGACUGGCUCACCGAGAGCAUUGCCCGUUGGGAGGAGGAGAACAAGAAAGCUCAGGCCGAGAUCCGCAAGCUCGAGUGGUAG